GAGGCAGGGGUCCUGGAGACCAUGCUCCCGGUGGAGCCACCUGGGCCUGCAGGAGCCUGCUGUCCUUGAGAUGGAGUUGCUGCCCCUUUGGCUCUGCCUAGGUCUUCACUUCCUGUCUAUGGAAUGGAGGAAUGGAAGUGGGACAGCCACAGCUGCUUCGCCAGGGGACUGCAAGUUGGUGGAUGGAGUCACUGACUGCCAAGGGCAGAACCUUGCUUCUGUGCCCAGCAACCUCCUGUCCCACACCAGGAUGCUCAUCCUGGAUGCCAACCCUCUGAAAACCCUGUGGAAUUAUUCUCUCCAGCCUUACCCUCUCCUGGAGAGCCUCAGCCUGCACAGCUGCCUCCUGGAGCGCAUCGGCUGCCACGCCUUCCAGGAGCAAGGUCACCUGCACAGCCUGGCCCUGGGGGACAACUCCCUGUGGAAGAACUACAAGGAGAUGUCAGCUGCUCUGCACAGCCUGCCCAGACUGCAGAGGCUGGACUUGUCAGGAAACUUCCUGACGGAGGACAUGGCAGCCCAGAUGCUCCACAAUCUCUCCUCACUGCAGUUUCUAUCCCUGGCCAGGAAUAAUCUCAUGAGGCUUGAUGAGUCUGUCUUUGAGGGCCUGGAGUAUCUCCAGGAGCUGGAUCUGCAGAGGAACUACAUCUUUGAGAUCGAAGGUGGUGCUUUUGAUGGCUUGACCAAGCUACAACACCUCAACCUGGCUUAUAACAACCUGCCCUGCAUCGUGGACUUCAGCCUCACCCAGCUGCAAGUCCUUAACGUCAGCUAUAACAUCCUGGAGUGGUUCCUGGCGGCCAGGGAAGAGGCAGCCUUUGAGCUGGAGCUGCUGGACCUGUCUCACAACCAGCUACUGUUCUUUCCUCUCCUGCCCCAGUGCAAUAAGUUGCAUACCCUCCUGCUUCGGGACAACAACAUGGGCUUCUACAGGGACCUGUUCAAUACCUCGUCGCCACAGGAGAUGGUGGCGCAGUUCCUCCUUGUGGAUGGAAAUGUGACCAAUAUCACCACAGUGAGCCUGUGGGAAGAAUUUGCCUCUGGAGACCUGUCAGCUCUUCGCAUCCUAGACAUGAGCCAGAACCAAUUCCAGUACUUGCCAGAUGGCUUCCUAAAGCAAACACCUUCCCUCUCCCACCUAAACCUCAACCAGAAUUGUCUGGUGAGGCUCCACAUCCGGGAACAUGAGCCCCCAGAAGCACUCACUGAGCUGGACCUGAGCCACAACCAGCUAGCAGAGCUGCACCUAGCUCCGGGACUCAGUGGCUGCCUGAGGAACCUCCGUUUAUUCAAUCUUAGUUCCAACCAGCUCCUUGGAGUCCCAACUGGCCUUUUUGCCAAUGCUAGUGACAUCACUACAAUUGACAUGAGCCACAACCAGAUCACAUUGUGUCCCCAGCCUGCUGCCUUAGACGAGGCAGGCCCUGCCAGCUGUGUGGAUUUCAGGAAUAUGAUCUCUUUGAAGAGUCUCUCUCUGGAGGGCUGUGGGCUGAGGGCCCUACAAGACUGCCCUUUCCAGGGCACCUCUCUCACUCACCUAGACCUAUCCAACAACUGGGGGGUUCUGAAUGGGAACAUCGCCCCUCUCUGGGAUAUUGCCCCCACAUUGCAGGUCCUGUCCCUCAGAAAUGCAAGCCUCAGUUCUGGUGUGGAAGAGUUGGACUUCUCUGGGUUUAGGAAUCUGAAACACUUGGAUCUGUCAGGAAAUUCCUUGACCAGCUUUCCAAAGUUCAAGGGCAGCCUUGCUCUACAGACUCUGGAUCUCCGUAGAAACUCUCUCACAGCAUUUCCCCAGAGGGCUGUGUCUGAGCAGCUCCUGAGGAGUCUGCAGAGUGUCUACCUCAGCCAGAACCCAUAUGACUGCUGUGGGGUGGAUGGGUGGGGGGCCCUGGAGCACCUAGAGGCCAUUGCUGACUUGGCUAUGGUCACUUGCAACCUCUCCUCCAAGGUCAUUCAUGUGAUGGAGCUGCCCGGAGGUAGGCCCCAGGUCUGUAAGUGGGAGCAGGUGGACACGGGCCUGCUCUACCUUGUGCUCAUUCUCCCCAGUUGUCUCACCCUGCUGGUAGCCUGCACCAUCAUCUUCCUCACUUUCAAGAAGCCUCUGCUUCAGGUCAUCAAAAGCCGUUGCCACUGGUCCUCCAUAUACUGACCCACAACAUGACAAGGCCAGCUAUUUCCUUUGUGCAUACAAGGAUGCUUUCCCAGCUAGAUCUGAAGAUCUACUGCAGGGGGCAAGUUUUCUUUUGUUUUGUUUCGUGUGUGUUCAUCCUAGGGCUUGAGCCCAGGGCUUGGGUGCUGUC